AUGGGCAUCAAAGACUUUUUCGACAGCCGCUUCUUUGAGCACAGCUGGAAGAACAAAGUUUUUAUCCUUCAAGUCGUCACCAUCACAAUUGCCUUCAUUCUCGGAAUCGCCAAAGUUGCGACGAAACCAUCAGGUAUCCCAAUGACCAGAUCGGACAUCAUGGCCAUCACAAUGAGUCUCAAGUCGUACGCUUUCCUAGCCUACGAAUACGUCACGCAAAAGGUGGACAAGUUCAAAAGAUUCGGAAGCCUCAAAGCAAAUGCAAUUCUGAACACCAUGGACAUCGUCUUCUGGGCGGUUGUGAUGGGGUUGGCGUUCAACAUGGCUACCAAAGUAUGCAUCGGUGCAAAUUGUGCACUUGGUAUCAUAGUUGGCUUGGUGGCACUGGUCGUUGCAUUUGUCAACUUUUGGGCGGCUGUUAUUGCCUGGAAGGAUCACAAGUACUUCAAGCGCAAUGGCGUCCGACGUGGACAUGGGCCUGAGAAAUAA